CUCCCAAAGUGCUGGGAUUACAGGUGUGAGCCACCGCGCCCGGUCAGGUUGGUCAUUUUUAGAGAGUUGGUUCCCUGAAGCUCCCAGUCAUUCACAGGCCUCUGCCCUGUCCCCUGUCCACAUUGAGGCCGGGAGGGCCGCAGGGAAGGACCUGUCCAGUAUGUCCAGUAUAGUCGCAGCUCUUCCCAGGAGGGAACCCUUGUCUUCCAAAAGUUUUCUUUCCCCUCCUCUGGCCAUUCCAGGCUGAAGGAAUGAAAACUCCCUCUCUCUAGGCUGGAAAACAGGUAAGUGACAUGUAAUUUAUGAGCCCAAAGUGCUUAAGUCCUAUGUGCACAAAGGGGCCGGGUAAAUAUUUAAAGAUUAAAGCCAGCUGGGGAGAAACACAAAAGGCUGGGGCAAUGGGGGUCGCUCUGAAUUCACUGUCCCUGAACUGGGCCAGGUCAGCAUUGAUGCACUCACUGGAAUCCCGACCUUUGUCUUCUGAAGGGCCCUUGGCUGCUGGGCUAUUGGGAGUCCCCACACAGCUAAAGAGAGUUAAACAAUCGCAGCCUCUCCAACCACAUCUGGAGACAAUUCGCUGAGUCAUUUCAAAGCUUUUGCUGUGUCCCAAUAGUUAAUUACAAGGAGCAAUCACUUCAUUCCACUUUGAAAUGCAUCUGCAGAGGGGGACAGCAGACUUCUCCCUCCAGUCACCUGCAUCCACAGUAGCCUGCGCAGCCCUCACCAGUUAGCACUGGUUCAAGCCCGUGGAAGUGCAGAAUGAAAGGGGCUCCCACCUGGAGCCACAGGGUACCCACCGCUAUCCUCUGGGAUGGGCCGCAGAUAGGGCUCUUGUCCUGGGGCCCAAAAACCUCUCCCCACUUGGUUCCAGACCUGACAUAAUAUUCUUUCUUUUGUCAAAGUCAACAACAAAACCAAAUGAGGGAAGAGGUGGCACAGACACUUGUCACUUUCUGUAUUAAAUUCCCCCGCAUGAGACGGGGGGCCCUGAGCAGCCUUGGAGGCCCCAAGCACCCUCAGGAGUUAGAGAAGGAAGUUUUUUCUCCUUGAAUGAGCAGAGGGGGGCCUGGGUCUCCCCACUUCUCCUCCUGGACCUGUGCUCCUUUCCAGGCUGCCUUGGGGACCCUAGAUGCUAAAGAUGGAAAGGGAGUUGGUGGCCUACAUCCUGGCUUGCGUAAGCCCCGCUUCUAAGUUGGGCCAUGCCCUUCCUGGCAGCCGGAGAGCGCUUUGUCCUGCUUGCCCUCAGAGGACAGGGUGAACCCACUGCCGCUCUCCCUCCAGCUCUGAAAAUACAUCCUGGUUGCUGUGAGCCCCUUUGGAGCCAGGCCUGCCUGAGGCUGUGAUAGGAUGUCCAGACUCAGGGCUUGUAAUCAUAGUAGGAGGCUGGGAUGGAGGGUGGACCCCAAGUCCUUAGCCUGGGUUUCCGGGAAGGGUCCCUGUAGAAGCUAAUCUGCUGUCUUUCCCAAAAUGACCUUGCAGAGGUAAAGCACAAUGACUUUAACUUAGUAGAGGAAGUGGCUGCUCAGAGAGAGGAGCAAGAACUGGGAGUAAGGUGGGGAUGGUAGGGAGAAACCUGGCUCAGAGCUGGGAAAAGGGGCGGGUGGAAAUUGCACCAAGACCUCUCCCCACCUUGAUCCUACACGACCGUCGGCCAGUGUAAGGCGAGUAGCAGGCCAAGGAGGCUGUAAUGGAGGAGCCACGGGGUGGGAGCGCCAGAAAGGAGGAAGAUCAUUCAAGGGUUUCCAGAGUCCAGAGGGUCUCAUUGACAUGUAAAUGAGGGUCCCCUAUAAAGAUGGCGCUGCCUCCCACUGGUUCGAGGACAGCAACAUGGGGACAGAGCCUGCCACCCGGGGCAGCCUCCCCAGCGGCUUCCGAAAGAUCUCCAAGCCGCUGAUGGAGAAGAAGCGCCGGGCACGCAUCAACGUGUCGCUGGAGCAGCUCAAAUCGCUGCUGGAGAAACACUACUCGCACCAGAUCCAGAAGCGCAAGUUGGAGAAGGCCGACAUCCUGGAGUUGAGCGUGAAGUACAUGAAAAGUCUUCAGAAUUCCUUGCAAGGGCUCUGGCCGGUGCCCAGCGGAGCCGAGCACCCGUCGGGCUUCCGCAGCUGCCUGCCCGGCGUGAGCCAGUUCCUUCGGCGCGGAGAUGAGGGCGGCGGCGGCCUGCGCUGCCCCCUGGUGCCCGAGCGCGCCAUCGGCAGCACCAUGGACAGCGCCGGGCCCGGCCGGGAGGCGCCCGGGCUGUGCGGCCCCUGCACCCCCGCGGUCUGGGCUCCUGCUCCGGCUGCCGGCGGCCCGCGGUCCCCACCACCUCCCCCCCUUCCCUCCGGAAGUCUCCCCGGCUCAUUCUCCAGCGUCCCCCCGCCGCAGCCAGCGUCGAGUCGCUGCGCCGAGAGCCCCGGGCUGGGCCUGCGCGUGUGGCGGCCCUGGUGAAGCCCCAGGAUGGCGGGGACUGAAGGCGCUCCCUAUCUGGUCUGGGGACACAGGGACUAUUUUGAACACGCCCACAGUGACUGCCGGGAGCCCCUAGUUGUCCAUUCUUGUCCUGGGGCGGGGGUGGCUUGGAGAGGACCGCGCACCCGCCAGCUCAGGGAAGUACCCCGAGCCCUGCAGGACUGGGUCUGCACAUAAUCCACCCCCACUCCAGCUCCAUCUACACAUGCCGGACCGCUCACUCUCCACCCAUCCUCCGGAGGGAGUGGGAGGGGGUGUCCUGGGCUGCGCCUCUUUCCCAGGGGCCCCUGACGGGUAGCCCUCCCGCCCCACCCCCGCUCGGCUGCCGCGCCGCGGUGGGAAGGUCGCAGUUGGCAGCAGCGCAGAGGGGACCCCUCGCAGCGAGGAGAAUCGCUGCCCCGCCCCGGCCCAUUCAGCGGACUGCGGGCGCCCGGUUCCCACCGGCACAAAGAGCGCCUGGCCCCGCCCCGCCGGCGAGGGGCCCCCAGCCUCCCUCGAUCCGGGACCCUCUUGGCUUCCAACGACCUCCUCCGCCAGCGGCGCUGCCCACCCGGCUGGCGCCUUCUCCGAAGCUCGCAUUUCUCAGAAAACCCCCGCCUCCGACAAGAUGCACAGCCCGCCCGGACGCCCCGCCCCACGCGGUUCCUCGGUUGGUGGCGCCAGCUUGAGGGCUGCAAAAGUGAACCCGGUGCCUCUCAUGGGAGAGGGGCAGGCCUGCCGCCCGACAAAGACCCUGGCCCACAUUCCGGGCCCAGACCCUGCAGCUCCAGAUCCCUAGGGCUGCCGGAGAAUCCAAACCCAGUACAGCCCUCGGAGCGCGCGGCGCUACUUGACUGGUCGAUAAAUGAGGUUAUUGCUGCGUUCGGACUUAGGGAGUGGGAGGCUCUGAAGUCAGAUUUUCUUCCCCUGGGCUUCUGGCCCAGGAAUCCGGGCCAUUGAGGGGCAGUUUGGGUUGUGGGGUCAGAGAUCCCGGCACGUCCUCCCGACAGCUUGUAAUUCAUAAUAAAACCAGCGCGAAUCUGUGAAGUGGGUAUCAAGAGGACACCAGGGGUCUAAUGUCUCCCACCCCUGCGAUGCCUACUUAGGUGCAUCUUUUUGAACCGUAAAUAACUUUCUACAG